AUGCCAUCGAUACUCGUUUUUGGGCCACAGACAGAGUUGCCUUCGAAAGAAACACUUGCACAGUUAAGGCAGGAACUCUGCGAAAGACCUGAAUUAUACAGCCUUCACCAGGCAAUAAAGGAAUUACCAAAAUUUUGGCAAACGCUCACCGCCUUUGACGAAAGCUUGACCAACGUCCCGGGAUCUAAGUACCUUGGUGACCUUCAACGCUGUGCCAUUGCAGUUUCUGCAUCCAAAACUGAGGCAGAUAUCGCGGCUUGGGCUGUCGUCAGCCUGCGUCUGGCCGUUUGCAUAGGCGCGUAUGUUGAUCAAAAUGGGGCCUAUGCUGAACCAAAAAGCUGUGCUGCGGGCCUUACCGUUCGUUGGAAAGAUGGGCAUAUUAAUGGGAAAAAGGAGGUUAUUGAUCUUGUUCAAGCAAGUCCGAGUGCAUACAUAUCCAGCAUCAACGAUAAUGCCUGUGUUACCAUCACGGUAAAUGCUCACAGUCUUACAGACCUUACCGAGAAGUUCCAUGCUAAAGGAAUGCGGGUGAAGCCGACUCACGUGCAAGGCCGCUUUCAUUCCACUAUCUACUCUUCUGCUGUGGGCAGGCUUAUGGAUUUCUUUCUUCAUCACCCUGAACUGCAGCUUCCAGAUGUAGCUAAGAUGAGGGCUCCAGUGCGAUCAACCGUCACAGGCGACAUCAUUAAUGACGGCUCAUUUCUGCAACCGCAAGCCAGAAUCUCGGAGUAUCCAGCUCACUCGAUUGCCAUCGUUGGCAUGGCUGGCAGAUUUCCUGGCGCAGACUCUCUAGAUGAACUCUGGGACUUGUUGCGCUCAGGAAAGAGCAUGGUCAAGCGCGCACCUUCCGACAGACUCGGACUCUCCGGACUUGAAUGUAGUAAAGCCGGCAAAGAGUGGUGGGGCAACUUUCUCCGCAACCCCGAUGCCUUUGACCACAAAUUCUUCAAGAAGUCGUCGAGAGAGGCAGUUGCUUGGGAUCCACAGCAGAGGAUCCUACUCGAGGUUGUCUACGAGGCGUUAGAAUCAGCGGGAUAUUUCAGUCCCUCGUCAAAAUCGGAGCCGAAUGAUUACGGCUGCUACAUCGGUGCUAUCAUGAACAACUACUACGAUAAUGUCUCUUGCAAUCCUCCUACUGCUUAUGCUACCAACCUUAACGCUGCUGGUUUCCUCAGCCCAAGCGGGCAAUGCAAGCCGUUUGAUGCAAGCGCUGACGGUUACUGCCGUGGAGAAGGGGUUUCCGUGGUUGUGCUCAAACCCUUGGCAACUGCUCUUGAGGAGAACCAUAACAUCCUUGGUGUUAUUGUCGGAUCGGCCGUGAAUCAAAAUCCAAACCAUAGUCACAUCACCGUACCGAAUUCAGGAGCUCAGAGUAGCCUUUAUCGAAAGGUGAUGAGCUUCGCAGGCGUUGAACCCGAAGCUGUGUCCUAUGUUGAGGCUCAUGGCACUGGCACUAGCGUAGGUGACCCUGUGGAGUGCCAGAGCAUCCGUGAAGCCUUUGGUGGUCCUUUAAGAGAUAAAACUCUAUAUUUCUCCUCUAUUAAGGGAAAUAUUGGUCACACUGAAGCCACUGCUGGUGUUUCAGGCCUCGUCAAGGUUCUUUUGAUGAUGCAACAUGGGAAGAUUCCUCCCCAAGCCAGCUAUAACAGCCUGAACCCGAAAAUCCCAGCCUUGGAACCAGAUCGAAUGGAAAUCCCUAGAAGCUUACUUCCAUGGACCUCUUCAUCUCGGCUUGCUUCCGACAGAGCAAACCGCACACUUCCACAUGUCCUCUCAACAGCUGUCACCGACCUGCAUGACGUCGAACGCAAGCUUACAGCAGCAGUAGCAGGCACCACCACCAUUAAAGUAGCGGAUCCGAAGCCGAUAAUCCUCGUGUUCGGAGGUCAAGAAAGUGACUUCAUCGGGCUUUCUGAAGAAGUCUAUCAUUCAUCGGCGUUGUUCAGCUAUCAUCUUGACGCUUGCAAUGAGGUACUCCUUUCACACGGAAAUGACGGAUUAUAUCCUGCGAUCUUCCAGCGUAGCCGUAUCGCAGACUUAGUCACUUUACAUACCGCGCUGUUCUCCGUGCAGUAUGCUUCCGCAAAAUCCUGGAUAGACUGCGGACUUGAAGUUGGUGCCGUCAUCGGCCAUAGCUUCGGUCAAUUAACCGCGCUCUGUAUCUCGGGUGUACUGUCACUUCCGGAUGCAUUGAAGCUAGUUGCAGGUAGAGCUACCAUCAUGCUAAGGUUCUGGGGCGAUGAGCCAGGAUCCAUGCUAUAUUUGCAUACAGUCCGCCAGAAGGUUGUGGAGAUGCUGGAUAUGUUGAGCGCUAUUUCGAGCGAUGAAUACGCCGAAGUGGCUUGUUACAACGGGCCCAAAAGCCAUGUCGUUGUUGGAUCUACUAGCGCCAUAGGUGCGUUGGAGAAAAUAAUCGCAAAUUCUCCAUCUUUCCGGAAUUCUGUCCGCACCGAAAGGUUAAAAGUCACACAUGGAUUCCAUUCCAAGUUUACAGAGCCUUUGCUACCAUACAUCACUGCUUUGGCGAGGGAGCUUACAUGGAUGCGCCCCACGAUACAUCUCGAAACAUGUGACGAUACCUACACUGUCGCCGAUCCGGAUUUCCACGCGAUAGCGGAGCAUACAAGACGUCCGGUCUUCUUCCAACAGGCCGUCGAAAGGCUUAGAGAACGAUAUUCCCAAAGCACUUGGCUCGAAGCGGGUCAAGUUACACAAGGGCACCUGUUCUUGUCACCUCAGCUCACUAUGUCAAAUGCACAAGACUCACUCACUGAUGUCACUAUCGAUUUAUGGAAGGCUGGUUACUCUAAAUCUCAGUAUCGAUUUUUGAGCCUACCACCGUACCAAUUCGAGAAAAGUCGUCAUUGGCUCCAGUUCAAAGACCGAAGCGCUGAGAAAAAAUCUACCGAUAUUGUUGAAGGAAAACCUGAUGAUGAGCUUUUGGCUUUCCUUCGAUUCAGAGACGUCAACAGAACAGAGGCCAUCUUCCGCAUAUCCUCGUCUAGCGAUAGGUUCAAAGCAAUACUGAGCGGCCACAUCAUGGCAGGCCAACGUCUUGCACCAGCAUCACUUUACUUUGAGGUAGCUGCGCGUGCUGCAUUGUUCCUUGUAUCAGACAAAGAGGCGGUGACAUACGUGCCAACUGUAGAGAAUCUACACAUAAACUCUCCGAUAGGCCAGGACACUACUAAGGAGAUAUUGCUAUAUGUUAAGCGUAUUGACGAUAUGCGUCCAUUUUGGUCAUUCUCGAUAACAGUCGGGACGUUACCGACUGCUAUGGGUCAUGCAGUUGAGACCUUUGUACAGUCUACUGGAACAGUUUACCUUAGAAAACGCGGUGACUCCCGCCAAGCGCAGAAAUUCAAACGUUUCGAAUCUUUGACCGGCUUCCGCCGGUAUCAAGAGAUUAUCAGCCACCCAGAAGCGGAAACAAUGCAAGGUAAUCACAUCUACCGUGCAUUCAGCCCCAUAGUGCAAUACAGCAAAUCGUUCCAAGGGAUUAAAAGUGUAGCUUGUGUGGGGAUGGAAGCCGCGGGCAAAGUGUCAAUUCAUCUCGAUUCAAAUGAUCCUGCUGAUCAACGUCUUACUGAUACCCCUAUGAUGGACAGCUUCAUGCAACUUGCUGGGAUGCUGGUGAACUACUUCAACAAUUCUAGCCUUGAGGACUUUCGUGUAUGCUUUCAGAUAGAGCACAUCGAGAUCGGCGGGCAGUUUACUCCGGACGCGAAGAAUUGGAUCGUGUACUCAAAUAUGACAGAAGAAGACGAUGAGGAAGCUUCAUCCGAUGCGUACGUUUUCGAGGCUGAAAGUAAGAAGAUGGUCAUGGCAGCGUUUGGCUUCCGCUUCUCAAGAAUUCCUCGAUCCUUGCUUGCUCGACUAUUAAGGGGUGAGCCGGUAGAGGGGGCCGCUCGCCCUCCAGUUGAUGCAGGUGAGCAACUUACCACAGAGGCCCGUACAUUGUCUACAAAGAAACCUUCGAGUGCACGUAGAGAGCUUCUUCGAAUACUGCAUGACGUUACCGACAUACCUCUGGAAAAACUGACAGAUGAAUCUACUCUCGAGGAUCUUGGAAUUGACUCUUUAGGAGCCACUGAAGUACUCAAUGAUAUUCGCGCAGGGCUGGACCUUUCUAUCGACCUUUCAACCUUUCUAUUUUUCCCCAACAUCCAGGCGAUCGCGGCAUACAUCGACGAGACGCUAGGACUUAGCAGUGAAGACUCUCACGCUGAUCAGCUAAGGACAAAUUUCUCACAAAAGGAUGUUCUGACUCCAAAUGGCGAUGGAGGCGAUAUAGAUUCGGUUUCAACAAAGUCUACUACUCGUGUGAUCAUUUCCGCAUACGAUGCUUUCAGAGACAUGAGAUUCGGGUAUGGUCAGAUUGCCGCCCUAACCGGAGAUUUGGAUUUUUGGUCCUUAAAAGCACGACUCGUUCUCGCAUACGUUGUAGAAGCGUAUGCCGAGCUUGGGUGGGACGUUAAUAGACUAGAGCCAGGCGAUGCUGUCCCUGAAAUUCAGGCGUUACUCAUGCACAGACAGCUCGUACGUCAGUUCUACUGUGUCCUGGAGGACGGUAACCUCAUUGAAGCGACCAAAGAUGGCUUUGUUCGGACAAGCACCCCAGUUGAUACGACGCCUGCGGAUGAAAUCUUCGAGAAAAUAUAUGCGCUGUAUCCCCGACAUGCCAGUGUACACAAACUUAUCAAGGUGGUUGGAUCGGAAAUGGCUGCAUGCCUUCGAGGUGACAAGAAUGGACUGCAACUAGUUUUUGGUAACAAGGAAAAUAAGCGUACUCUGGAGGACAUAUACGAGAAUUGGCCAUUACUCCGGACGCCUACGAUUCUGCUUGGGGACUUCCUGUUGAAGGCAUUUAAAAAUUGCAGCGGAAGUGGAGAGUUCCGCAUUCUCGAAGUUGGAGCAGGUACAGGGGGAACAACGCGAUACAUUGUUGACCAUCUCCGACAUCACGGGAUCCCUUUCGAAUACAAUUUUACCGACAUAUCUGCUUCUCCGGUUGCUGCUGCGAGGAAAUCAUUUGCGGGAAUUGAUUGCAUGUCGUUCGAGGUCCUGGAUAUUGAAAAGCGGCCUGUAAAAGAGCGCGAAGAAUAUUUUCACGUUAUCAUCGCCACAAAUUGCAUCCAUGCAACACGAAACCUUGAAGUGUCGCUAUUAAACGUCCGCAAAAUGAUUCACAAGGACAGGGUGCUGUCUCUGAUUAAGAUGACGAGGAACAUGUCUUUUUUUUUUUAA